GACCGUCUCAUAACAGUUUAACCUGUUCGUCAGCUAUCAGAGAGAAGACGUUAGUGGAGGAGGAAACAGACACACACCGCGGCCUCAAAAGGCUUCAGAAUGGGUAGUUUUGCCGUUUUGUUUUCGGCAGUGAUGCUUGUUGCGGUUGUACCAGCCUGGACCGAAAAACACUCCCUCUACUACAUAUACACAGCUUUAUCCAGACCUGUCAAUCUGCCGGGCAUCUAUGAAUUCACUGCAAUGGGUUUGCUAGAUGACAGACAGAUUGACUAUUACAAUAGCGAACAGCAGAAGAAGAUUCCCAAACAGCACUGGAUGAAAGAGAAAAUGCAGGAAGAUUACUGGGAAAAAGGCACCCAGUCCAGAAAGAGCAAAGAACAGUGGUUUAAUGUGAACGUCAACAUUCUGAUGGAACGAAUGAGACACAAUAAAUCAGAUGUUCAUGUUCUUCAGUGGAGACAUGGUUGUGAAAUUGAGAGUCAGGGCAAUGAUGUCCGGUUUUCCAGAGGCAUUGAUGAGUACAGCUAUGAUGGAAGAAACUUCCUUUCUUUUGAUGAUGCGGAGUCUCAGUGGGUUGCCCCAGUGGAAGAAGCUCUUCCAACCAAGAGGAAAUGGGAUAAUGUGCCCAUCCUAAAUCAGUACACCAAGGGCUACCUGGAAAAAGAGUGUGUGGACUGGCUCAACAAAUUCAGAGAAUAUGGAGAUAAGGAGCUUAGAGAAGGCUCUUCCCCAGAAGUUCAUGUGUUUGCGAAGAGGAUUAUCAAUGGCAAAAUCAAGCUAAAACUUACUUGUCUGGCCACUGGAUUCUACCCCAAAGAUGUGAUUUUGAACAUAAGGAAAUACCGCAUUACACUGCCUGAUAAUGAGGUAGAAUCCACAGGAGUUAGACCAAACGAAGAUGGGACCUUUCAGCUGAGAAAGAGCAUUAACAUCUAUGAGGAUGAAAAAGCAGAAUAUGACUGUUAUGUGUCCCACACAACCCUCAAGGAACCAAUUAUCAAAAAAUGGGAUGGGGAGUGCCUGGAUGGCCCUGAGUCAGGAUCUCCCAUAGGUAUUAUUGCUGGAGCAAUAAUUGUAGUUUUGGUUGUGCUGGCAGCCAUUGGUGGAGCAGUUUAUUUCCUAAGAAAGAGGAGCGGAAAUAACAAUGUGAAACCUUCUUCAGUACCAACUAUCUCUGGAAACAAGGAUGAGAAAUGCUCUAUGCUACCUGGUUCAGACGACUCUGGUCAAGGGAGUAGUGAUGGAAGUUCAAAAAGCAGUCCUACUAACUCACAGGAAAAAAUGGACAUUGUGUAAGGGAGUCCAAAUCCGACAGCUGCAGAAGGAAAAUCUACUGGUGGAGAUCUGUAAAGUUGGAUUAUCUUAGAAAAUUUGCAGAAUGACAGCUGAUUUACACCGUGCCCCAUUUUUACAUUAUGUCUUUUCAUAAAAUUUGGUAUUGUUCAUUAUAUAUAUAUAUGUGUGUUUUUACCUUUUUUGCCUUACUCCUACAUCUAAAAGAUGAAAGUAGACAAAUUUUCAAUACCAGUUUUAAAAAUGGGCACCAAUAAAAAUUACCCAGAGCCUUUUUGAUAAAAGUAUCAUAAAAAGAUCCUCAAUGCAUUAAAAAAGGAAAGCAUUCCUUUAUACCAGUUUCUCACUGAAUUGUAAAAUGAUGUUGUGAUUGUUUUAUUUUAGUUUCUUAGUUUAGAUUUAAUUCUCAGCUUACAUAAAAUAAUGUGUAAUCUCAUAUUUCUUCAUGAUAUAGGAUGCAUCAGUGUUAUAUGGAUAUUUUCAUGCUGUUCCUUAGGGGCCUUAAUUAAGCUAUUUCCUAAAUGUGGUUAGUGGUUGAUUGUAUUGCUGUCAUUUAAAGUGCCUUUACAAUAUCUGAUAAAUAUCACUGUUUUCACUGUUAUGACUGUACAUAUUAUUUCUGUUGUUUCUGUUUAAGUCUGUUAAUCUGUACACUAAUUUGUCCUAAUAUGUUUUAUUUAGGUAAAGUUGGUUUUAUGUCGGCACAUUCAGAGUUUCUCCUUAAUAAUAUAGUUUCAGAAAAGUAUUCUUUGCAAAUUCCAAAUGGUGAAAUGAUAUUAGCAGCCAAUGACUAUCAAAGUACAAGAUAGCUCACAGUCAAUGGAAUAGUGCUAAUGUUGUUUUGAAGUCAUACUUGCAUGUGAUUUCAAGUCCAAUAUUUAUAGUGAGCAUGUCAAAAGUUGUCACUGAACGAAUGCGUAAAUAUAAAACCAACUUUAAGUCAAUAUAUAUUUCUGGCUUUGUUAAAAACUGAGCAUCUCGUGAAUUUUGCACUUUCUUUUUUAUUAACAAUAAAAGUGGUUUAAAAAAG